AUGGCGAAACGCAAGGCACCUGAAGAACUCUCCACUAAUUUGAAUACUAUCAAAGCUCGUAACCGCGUCUCCAACCUUACUGAAGAUGAGAAGGCUGUUCAUUUAGCACUCAAGGCUGACCAUGGUGAUCUGAGCUACUACUUAAAGAAGUUAUACAAGUCUGCAAAGUAUAUCGCUGCCUCUGCUGAAGACAAGACACGUCUACAGAAUGAAUUGAAGGUUGAGCGUAUUCGUGUUCGGACUGAAAAGGGCACCCAUGCAUCUUGCAUUGCGAAUCAGAAAGUCAAGAAUACUAGCGCCCCUUCUUCUUCUCCACAAGCCCCACCAUCUACUCCGCCACAACUUCUGUCUGAGCUUGCUGCAUUUGAGGGUAUCACCAGUAUCCCAAUCGAUGACGAUCAUAACAGCGAAUGGGAGGAUACUGAGGUUGAAGACGAUUUAGAGUUGGAGCUUAUGUUACGGCGCGACGAUAUUUUAAAUGACGAGGCUGUUCUACCAGAUGAGCUUUCUGAUGAAGAGAUCGCUAGCAUCCAGGCUCUCUUAACUCAAGCACGCAUUGAUGCCCAUGAAGAGUCCAAUUUCCGCAAGUGGCAACAUUUCUGGGAUAGCUGUAUCCGCUCAUAUACGAGAAAGGCUGGAAAGCUGAGAAAGAAGCCUGAGCAUCUCUUUGAAUAUAUGCCAUGGAUUGAUGUAGAAGAAGGCACUUUUCACAACGUUAUCCCACCACAUAAAUAUUUCUGUUUGUACGAGCAGGCAGUUUGGACAAACUUUACAGCUUGGAAGUUUGGAAAGUGGGCCCAAUUACCAGGACCUGCGCAGUGGUACCCAAAGUCUUACAAUCUUGCCGACAACGGAUGGUUACAAGUCUCCACUCAUAGUUCUAGCUUCAAAGAGGCGUUCUUACUUGUCUACUCUAAGAAAUUUGAUAAGGAAAAGUGGGCUAAGGUAUCAGCUGCACAGGAUAUGUUGUUUCUGGAGUUAGAGUAG